GUGGAGAGGGUCGAGUGAGCUAUCGCUCCUGUCGUCUGUCUGCUGUGCGUGCAUUUAAAUUUUUCACGGUGUCCUCUCUUUUCCCCUUAUAUAUAUCGUGGGCGCCUCCCUCUUCUCCUAACGCACGCGACCGCUCGCUUUCUCCUUUCCCUCGUCGUCGUCUCCUCUCCGCCCGCCGGAAUCCUCUCGCACCCCGAUCUCGGCGUUUCCUCCGCCGAAUACAUCUCUCUUGCCGCCCUCCAUGGCUUCUUCUCUUCGAAGACUCUCUCGAACGAGGAGAGGAGUCUCAGGUUUCUAGUGAGAAGGAGGAGGAAGAGGAGGUGGUUCUUCCUAUCUUGUUCGAAGUUCGUUCUUUUUGGGUUUUUGUUCGAAUUUUAUUAACAAAGAGGGUUUCAAGGGUUUGGGAUGGGGUCGAAGCGCUGUAGGAACGCUAGGUGUGGCGCGACUGAGCCGGGCGGCGAGGGGGAGUGGAGGAAGGGGUGGGGGCUGAAAUCGGGCGGAUUCGCCACUCUCUGCGACAAGUGCGGGAGGGCAUACGAACAACUAGUUUUCUGCGACAAGUUUCACUUAAAUGAAACUGGUUGGAGGAACUGCAGAUUCUGUAGCAAGCCGCUGCAUUGUGGAUGUAUUGCUUCAAAGUCAUCAUUUGAUCUACUUGACAAUGGGGGAGUACAGUGUAUUAGCUGCAUGAAGAAUUCUAAAUGUGAAUCUGCACAAGUUCCUUGUGAAGUUAUCCAAGAGCUUUUGCCUCAACCUCCUCAGCUUGUUCUUGCUCCAUCUUCUGUGAGCCCUAUGGAUGAAAAGGAGGGGAAUGAUUUUGUUGCUAGGUUAACAAUUAAUGCUGGUGAACUGCAGCAUACUUCUGCUACUGGUGAAAGGGAUAAUUGUAAGGGCAGUGACAUUCAAUUGGGAAGUAGCACUGAGGGUGAUGGACACAGCAUUUUGGUCUUAGCCCAAAGAGAGAGCAUAAAUGGAUCAUUUGGGCGCAUACAACGGGAACAAGUUGCUCUUCAUCUUGGAGAGAAGGGAAGUACAUGUUUCACAAAUAAAAAAGACGGUCCUAUAGGGUCUUCUCUGGUUAUAAAUAAAGGUGACAGAAAUGAUACUGUAUCAGAUAAAAUUAUAUAUGAGUCACUAGCCCAUGCAUGCCUGAGCAUAAGCUUAGGGACUUCAAACUCUGGCGACAUGACCGCUUGUCUUAAUUCAAAAAAUCCACAGAUUACAUUUCCACUGUCUAAUACACUUAAUGGAGGAAGGCAGCAGAAUAAAGUACUAUCUGCCUUUCAACAAGUGCAAAGGUCCCACCAUCUUCUGCCUAUGCCAUUGAGGACAAGCAGUGGUGCUGAUUCAGAAGCAUCAAAAGAAAUGCUUUCAUGUAUGAGUGUUGCAAGGCCACCUGCUGAAGGAAGGAUCCGGAAUCAAUUGCUUCCACGUUAUUGGCCAAGGAUCACUGACCAAGAACUACGUCAAAUAUCUGGAGAUUCAAACUCUACGAUUGUGCCAUUAUUCGAGAAGGUCCUAAGUGCCAGUGAUGCAGGUCGGAUUGGUCGCUUAGUCCUGCCUAAAGCAUGUGCAGAAGCAUAUUUUCCUCCUAUUUCUCAACCAGAAGGUCUUCCUCUAAAGAUUCAAGAUGUGAAAGGAAAAAACUGGGUUUUUCAAUUCAGAUUUUGGCCAAAUAACAAUAGCAGAAUGUAUGUCUUAGAAGGUGUCACUCCAUGCAUACAGUCAAUGCAAUUACAAGCUGGUGACACAGUAAUUUUCAGCCGAAUAGAUCCUGAAGGAAAACUUGUAAUGGGAUUUCGAAAGGCCACAAAUUCUGUUUCCUUGCAGGAUUCACAAAUUUCUGCCUUUGCUAGUGGUGCCAUCAGCAAUGAAGCUUUCUUUUCAGGAGUUAUUGAGAACCUGCCUAUAGUAAGUGGUUACUCUGAACUCCAGUUAAUGAAGGGAACUGCAGAUCCAAACUUCAGCACUUCAUAUUAUCAUCCUUUAUUAGCUCUUGAGAAGAAAAGAAGCCGGAAUAUUGGACCCAAAAGCAAGAGGCUCCUUAUGGACAAUGAAGAUGCUUUGGAGCUGAAACUUACAUGGGAGGAGGCCCAAGAUUUGCUACGUCCGCCUCCGAGUGUCAAGCCUAGCAUUGUUAUGAUUGAGGAUCAUGAAUUUGAAGAAUAUGAAGAUCCCCCAGUUUUUGGAAAGAGAACUAUUUUCACAGCCCGGGCAUCUGGGGGACAAGAUCAAUGGGUUCAAUGUGAUGACUGUUUCAAAUGGCGUAGGUUGCCUGUGGAUGUUCUUCUUCCCUCAAAGUGGAUGUGUACUGACAACAAAUGGGAUCCAAAAAGAUCUUCAUGUUCAGUGCCAAAUGAAAUAUGCCCAACUGAGAUGCAAAAUCUUCUCCAGCAGAAUGCAGAGAUGAGAAGACAGAGGAUUGCUGUAAGUUCAAAACACAGUCCUCCGGAUCUUGAGGCAUCUACUUCUGAAACCCUGGGUAUUGGUGCAGCCCCUCCAGAUAAUAGGAACCAAGCAAGAACCCUGGCUGCAACCACCACCAAGCACCCCCGGCACCGUCCUGGCUGUACGUGUAUCGUGUGCAUCCAGCCACCCAGUGGCAAGGGUCCCAAGCACAAACCCACAUGCAUGUGCAAUGUUUGUAUGACUGUCAAGCGCCGCUUUGCUACACUUAUGAUGCGAAAGAAGAAACGCCAGUCUGAGCAAGAAGAAGCUGAGUCCCACAAGAGACUCUUAUGGAGCAGCACUGAAGAAACUGAAGCACAUAGCUCUUUUAAGUAUGUUCCUUUUCAGGAGAAUGCUGAGAAGCCUGAAAUGAGCAAGGGAUACUUGGACCUGAAUUGCCACCCAGGGCAUGAGGACCAUUCUCAAUCUCCUCCGGCCCGUGUCAGCAUGAUGAGCCUUCUUCAGGAGGCCAGCCGUCCUCUGGAUGCAUAUCUGAAGGAGAAUGGGCUUGCAAGCUUAGCAUGCGAACAACAAGCGAGCUCAAACCUCCAAAUAUUGCCGCAGGUCUCUGGAGAGAGGGAGGGUAGGACCCCUGAUGAGAGCCGCCACUCUUCACCAUGUCAGGAGCGGGGGAGUGUCAAUGCCGAUGAAGGCGAUCACAAACCUGAGCAAGUCCAGAAUGAUGCUGCUUGAAAUUUUGCUUCUUUCUUUAUAAUGUUUAGCGACCACCAUAUGAGCCAAAUUAGAGUGUAAAAUGGGUUUUGGCAUGUACUAUGUUGGUUUUUUUUGAAGCAGAACACCCCCCUUUCUUGCUGCAUGCAUUGGUAGAUUAAGUUUGGCUAAGGAGAAUCUCCCAAAGUUGGGAAGUGGAACCAUCUACUGUAGCUCGGAAAUGCUGCACUUGCAAGCAUAAUAUUAUCCUCCAAAUAUCUUUUGCUUCUUUUUUUAA